AUGACUGCCACAGCAAGCCUGAAAAUAGGAAGCAAGAUUAUAAAACUGCUCAACGUGAGAAACCCAAAGUUAAUAAGGCAAUCACCAGAUAAGCAAAAUAUCUCUUCCCAUGUUGAAAAGGCAAAAGAAUUGGAUGAAACUUUUAAGUGGAUUUUGGAUUUGUUUUCUUCCUUAGUCGCAGAAAUUGCGAAAACAAUUAUUUACUGUAGAUCAUUAAAGGACUGUGGAGAGAUCUACUCAUUGUUUGACGAGAUAGCUACCCAUUCUGAAGCACCAGUUGUCUCCAUGUAUCAUAGUAAGACGCCGGAGCAAAUUAAGCAAAGAGUACUCUCAUCUCUCUUGGAAGAGAAUGGUGACUGCCGCAUUGUUAUCGCAACAAGUGUUCUUGGGAUGGGUGUGAAUAUUCCCAAUAUCCGACAGAUCGUUCAUUAUGGUGCUCCACCUGAUUUGGAAACUUGUGUACAAGAAGUUGGUCGUGGUGGUAGAGAUGGACAGCCUUGCAAGGCAAUACUGUAUUACCGGCCAUUCCAUCUUGCUCAUUGUGAUGAGCAUAUGAGAAAUUAUGUAAAAGACACGGACAAAAGUGCAGGAAGGAUCUUCUGUUGA